UGACGUAACGCGAUCCACUCCAGAAUAGCGCGCGGCGAAGGAGCAGCCACAUUGAACCGUUUAGUCUCUCUCUCUCUGGUUUAUCUCGCCAAUGUUGGUUUGUUUAUGUGAGAUUUGUUCGGUCCGGAGCAAGCCUGGCAGGGGGGGAUUCGCGGCAGGAUGUCGGUGCUAAAAGAGAACCAGUGUUAUGAACUGUCCAGCGGUAAACUGAACCGUGGCGGUAACAUCUCUGUUUUUCAUGUCAAACUCACUGACAGCGCGGCAAGAGCCAUUUGCUCCUUUCAAAACGUCAAGGGUUUGUCUUCCUGUCCCACCAUCUGUUUUAAUGGCAACAAAGGGAGAAUCACCCUUCCUUGCUCAGAGAAUAGAGAUGAAUUGAGGACAUUCACCUUUGGCGUGACCAACAUCGCCCGUGAUAAUCCAAAUGGAAGCUUUGACUGUGUCCAACAGCUCAGCACUGGUGCUGCCGAGGAGCUGUCAUGUCUCGGGGUGAUUCAGAAAAAAAUGACAGUCAACGCAACAGAUGACUCGUACGAUAAGGCUCGACAAAGCAUGGCCCAGGCUGAGGAGGAGACACGCAGCCGGGGGGCCAUUGUCAUCAAACACGGGGGGCGCUUCCAGGGCAAGAAGGUAACAGUGCGAGCCCCGGCCCCUGCGCUGGCCAGCCUGACCAAGCCCCGACGAUCUUCCCAGUCUCUCCUCAGCAACGUUAAGAGGCGUGUCCAAGUUGGCGUGUCCAAGCCAAAGAAGGGUGCCUGCGCUUUAAACAGGAAGAGUGCCGUGGGCGACAUGCAGGCGAGGCCGCUCAGAGAGAGAGUGACACAUCUGCUGGCUCUGAGGCCAUACAAGAGGCCUGAGCUCAUCCUGAGGCUGCAGAAAGAUGGACUGACAGCAGGAGACAAAGACAUGUUGGACUCUGUACUGGUGGAGGUUGGCCAGCUCAAUAGUCGAGACAACACAUUUGUUCUAAAGGACGGUCUGUAUAAGGAGCUGCACAAGGACUGGCCAGGCUACAGCUCAGGAGACCAGCAGCUUCUGAAACGAAUCCUUGUCAGGAGACUGUUUCAACCCCAACAGAACCUCACCGUUCCUGAGGGCCAGGUCAGUCCACUGCGAGACACCCCCAACUCCUCCCCAGCGCAACGUCCAAAACCGUCCCUGCCAGAGGAAUACACUGACCCUUUGGCGAGUAAGAAGCCCAGGAUAUCCCGCUUGUCUGGCAAAGCAGCCGGUGACACGUCAACAGUGAGGCCGUCUGAGCAAGCGGCUGAUAAAGACGCCACAGAAGCGACACGGAACGACGAGCAAAGGAACUCGCUUGAUCCUCGAAAGCUUUUUGGCUCCUUGUCAACAGUCUGUCAGCAGGAAGCAGAGGUGGCAAAGAGGCUACACCAAACUCCCUGUGCUCAGGAAGGGCAUGAAGUCACAGCAGACCCCCCGCAACCCAACUCUGAUCGCUCCCCGUCCCCUCUCAUAGUGCCUGAUCUGAGCAGACACACAAUCAAAAGGAAGAAGAGCAAACACAAGCACAGAGAUCAGGAGAAGGAUAGGUGGAGAGGCAGGAAGGAACGGAGAAAAGAUUCAGAGGAUCCAAACAGUGAAGUCUCGGUGGACUGCAUAGAGCCAAGUGAAAUUUUGUUUGACUCUAAUGUGCUUCAAGUGGACCAUGACACAACAGACUAUCUACUGAAGUACACAGCAAUUUGUAGUCAGGACCAGAGACAGAAGUACAAGCAGGACUUUAACACGGAGUACAGCGAGUACAGAGAUUUACAUGCUCGUAUUGACGGAGUGACGCGGCAGUUCAUGGAGCUCGACACGCAGCUCAAACAGCUACAUCACGAAUCUCAUAAAUACAAGACGGUUCGUAAUCAGAUUCUUCAAGAAUAUCGCAAAAUUAAAAAGUCUAACCCUAACUACAACCAGGACAAGACUCACUGUGAAUAUCUACACAACAAACUGGCCCACAUCAAGAAGCUUAUAUCAGCGUACGACCAACAACAGCUCUGACUGUGAAACAGGUGAACUUGAUGACAUUAAUCGCCCUGAGGCACGGGUGACGGGAGGUUCACGCUGCUGGAUGCCAUCGAGCUGGAAAUCUAUGGUCUUCAUGGCUAAAUGACGUCUCACAGGACGUGAUGGAUGUGUGACCGAAGUUGGGAGUCAUUUGUGAAUAGCAGUCGUGGUACGCUGUGAGAAGCAGGCCUAUGAUAUGAGAUCAUUUUUUACAAGAUGGAAAAUCUUCUUUGAACAUUUGUCUUUCUAUUGCACGAGACAAGUGACUAGGAGAGGGAUAAGUAGGUCAAAAGUUGCAAACACACACACUCACAUACUGACCUUCAUCAGGCUGAUGAUAGAUGUCCAACACCGAAAUGUCACAAAUACAUUGGUUUUUGCAGGAUAGACAGUAUGCUUGAGUUUAUUUAUCACUUUUGACCUACUCAUCAUCCCUCUUCUACAAACCUGUCUCAUGAAAUAGAUGUGUAAUGUAUUCCUCUGUUUUAAAUCUCCUUUUGAAAAAAUGGUUUAACCAAUCGGUGGCUACAACAAUGACAUGAUACUGCCAAGGACACAUGGAGUAACUAUAGUUUUUACUGAGGCUUCUUACUUGAAGCCAAAAGUAAGCUCUUACACUU